CAGUCGUUCCUGAUUUAAAGGUCUGUUGGUGAAUUCGGCUCCGGUACAUACUAUGUUACCGCCAUCUCUAUUCGUAGUGGGUAUUAAAAUUGUAUGUGUACCCAGUUAACUCUCAAAAUAUAUCAAUGUUUAGGGCUGGAGUCUGGACACUGGACAGUGAUUGACGUUUGACAGUGAUUCAGAGAAUGACCUAUUUUACUAUGUAUGUGGACUGUGGAGUCAGAGAUACAGACCACGGCGUACUCUUAGAUAAAAACUCGAGGUUAAAUGUUGAGUCAUGAGUGGAUAGUGGAUACUGAAUUGUGCCAGGUGCUGUGAGCUGUGAGGAAAUCAAAGUAUCUGAUUAUUAUUUUUAAUGAUAAUUGAUAAUAAUGUCUCGGUAUAUUCAAAGCUAUAUGUUGUUAUUUCUUUUUAUGUAUAUUGUUGAAAUAAAGUCUGGUAAACUUUUAUCAUUAGACAAUGUUUAUCAAAAAAGUAUUGCCGCCUAUACCAAAGAAAGAUGGUCUAAAUGUAUAGAAUAUUUUGAGGAAUCAUUACAUCUUUAUAAACUCCAUAAAACCACACUAAUUAACUGCAGAUUAAAAUGUAAAAAUAUACCUAAUGUAAUUGUAAAGGAGAAUAUAGAAGACUUGAAAAUAUAUGAAAAAAUUUUUAAAACUAGUCAGUGUUUGCAACAGUGUACAGAUGAAGGUUUUGACAAAAUUAAUAUGUACAGUAAUACAUCUGAUGAUAUUUUGUCUGAUAUGCAGCAAAGAAAGCCGUAUGAAUAUUUGCACAUUUGUUACUUCCAAAUGAAUGCAUUACCAAAAGCUGCGUCUGCAGCUUACACAUUUCUUGUAGCAAACCCUUUUAAUGAUGCAAUGAAGAAGAACCUGGAUUACUACAUUGAUCUGCCUGAAGUUGAUAUUAAUGAAGUAGAUGAUCUUGAAAGUGAAGACUAUCAGAUGCUGUACAGACUUGGUUUAAAAUCAUAUAAUGCCAAGCAAUGGGGAGAGACAAUAGCUAAUAUGGAAGAAUCUUUAACUAAUUAUUUAUCAUGGGAAAAUGGUUGUCGUGCUGAAUGUGAAUGGCAACCAGAACAAGAAUGGUCUGUUGAAGUAUCAAUAUUAGUAUCUAAUUCCCUAACAUCUCUGUUAAUUUGUCAGCAAAAUUGUCAAAAUCAGUUAAAACCUUUGUUUAAUUCAGGCACUGAAUUUAUUGCAGAUCUCCUUAAUUACUUACAGAUUUGUUAUUAUUACCUGGAACGGUUUGAUGAUGUGGGUAAAGCUGUAGAAAGUUAUUUACUGUUAUUACCAAGGGAUAAAAAUAUGCUAGAAAAUAAAGAAAUGUAUGAAAGUUUCAUCAACAAAAGUAGCUUUGUGGAAAGAUCUGACAUUGUUUAUUACUUUAAAAGAGAUCAGUAUGAAAAGGAGUUACUACAACUUUUUCAUGACCAAAAUGGUAGUAAUUUUGAAAUUAAUUUGGUAUAACAUUAUAAUUGAGUAACAUUACUUUCAAGCCAAUAUAAUUUUGCAUUUAGGCUGUAUUUAGUUAUAGCCUAUAGUUGUAAAAAAGAAUUAUUUUUAUAUAUUGGCUAUAUACAUAAUGAAGCUUUAGAUUUAUAAUAGUAUAUUCAAUCAUAAAUUCUAUUGUGCUAAACCCUAGGUUUAAUUAUCUUAGACUAAAAUAAUUUGUUUGUGAGACAAACUUAUAAUAACAAGCUAGAUAAGAGUUCCAAAUAAAGUGCCAUAUAGAUAAGAUAAUGAAUACUAUAAUAUUACAUAUUUUGUAUUUACAUAAUUAUACUUUAUGUGAGCAGUGAGCGUGAUGACCUUAUUAAAU